GAAGACCAUGCCAAAGGUGUAGAAGUGCAAACCAUUGUUUUCACGACUGGAAGUUUAAGAGGACUGUGUUGAUUGGACAAUAAGUAUAUUUUUUGCUUUUCUUGCUGUUAAAACAACAAUUAAACUAGGUGGAUAUAGAUAAAAAAACGUCGAUACGACGAACCCAUAUCACUUUGGUAUAGCUUGCAAAGAGUGAUUUCAACUUUAAGUCUUCAAUUUUAAUCACAAAAAUGGCAGAGCGACCUAAGGGAUAUGGAAUGACCGCUGAGAUUGAAGAGCAGAUCAACAGCAAAUAUGAUUACGACUGUGAGAAAGAAGUUUUGGAAUGGAUUUCAUAUUACGUUCCCGAUGCUGAUUUAGAAAACGUAUCAGGGCCUGAGGAGGUUCAGCUCAAACUUAAAGACGGAGUUAUACUUUGCAAGUUAAUCAACCAGCUUGCACCCAACAGCGUUCCCAAAAUCAACUCCACUAAUGCUGCUUUUAAACAGAUGGAAAAUAUCAACUUUUUUCUUACUGCUUGUGAAAACCUUGGCUGUCAGCGAACCGAUUUGUUUCAAACCGUUAAUUUGUAUGAGGGUACAAACAUGGCACAAGUUUUACUUGGUAUUUAUGCGUUAGGAAGAAAAGCUAAUAAACUUGGAUUAAAAGGUUUAGGUCCCAAAGAGUCUGAUAAAAAUGAAAGACAGUUCACUGAAGACCAACUUAGAGCUGGAGAAGGAACAAUUGGUUUACAAGCAGGGUGGAACAAAGGAGCUUCACAAUCCGGACAAAACUUCGGUAAAACAAGAUCAAUUUUAGAUUAAGUAACCUCUUGAGGUUGUGUAGAACAUUAUAUUUCUUAUUAAACUAGUAAAGACUUCAUUUGUAAUUUAUUAUUAUAAAAGGAAAAAUUAUCUUCUUAAAAA